AUGGGUAUUCCAUAUUAUGUAGCUAGGACCCGCAGUGCACCGUGCACUACUUCGGGGAAAGCGGCGGACGCACGCCUCCGCGCCACUCGAAACCAACUGCAAUACGUCUCGACGGCAGCAGGGGAAGGCGCAGAGGAAGCAAACGACGUCGACGGUGAAGGCGCAUCUCCAAGAAAAAACGAUACUACCACUCCCGAUGCCCCCCCUCCAGAAGCCCUCGACGCGGAGCAAGUAAGCACAUGGACUGUAGCGCAUGCAGACGAAGCGCGCCAUGCGUGCGCGCGAACUUUUCUGCCUGCGUGCAUCUGGCGAGGGGGGCCUACCCCUGCACCAGGCACACUUUCAUCAUUCGAAGCUUUCCAGAAAUGCGCCAGACAGAGAUCCGGCGAGGCGCCGAUCCAAGGGAAGGCCUCUUUUGGAGUCUCUUCCGCCGCCGUUCUCUUAGGAACCUCUCGGGAGGCACUGGCGGCUGCAAAUACUAAAAUUCGGGAGUUGCAAGACAAGUUGCUUCGCUCUCUCGCCGAUCAAGAGAACGCGAGAGUGCGACUUUCAAAGGAGGUUGCUUCGGCUCGGGAUUAUGCAAUGUCGGCUUUCGCAAAGGCGUUGCUAGACGUUGGUGACUCCCUCGCGAACGCGAAGGGGCAGUUGCAGCAGCAGUUGCAGAAGCAGCAGCAGCAGUGCCAACCGGAGGACGCAGCGAAGCAGCUGCAGCAGUUUUUCGAUGGGGUGUCGCUGACUGAGAAUCUUUUCCAUAAAACCCUUGAACGAUUCGGAGUCGAACAGUACAACCCCAUGGGGGAGAAAUUCGACCCUUCACUGCACGAGGCUCUCUUUGAAAUGGACGGCCCUGCUGAUAAGAAGGGCAGCGUUGCGCAGGUCGUUCAGACGGGAUACAAAAUCAAAGACAGAGUUUUAAGGGCUGCAAAAGUGGGCGUCUUUAAAGGCCAGUAA